GCCACCGCCACCGCCACCGCCACCAUGGGGAAGAGACAGCACCAGAAAGACAAGAUGUACAUUACCUGUGCUGAAUAUACUCACUUCUAUGGUGGCAAGAAACCAGAUAUCCCACAAACAAAUUUUCGUCGUUUACCUUUUGACCACUGCAGUCUCUCUCUGCAGCCCUUCAGCUACCCGGUCUGCACCCCUGAAGGCGUCGUCUUUGACUUGCUGAACAUCAUUCCUUGGCUUAAGAAGUACGGGACCAACCCCAGCAACGGCGAGAAACUGGAUGUGCGGUCCCUGAUCAAACUGAACUUUGCAAAGAACAGUGAAGAGAAGUACCACUGUCCAGUGCUGUACACCGUGUUCACCAACAACACCCACAUCGUGGCCAUCAGAACCACCGGCAAUGUCUAUGCCUACGAGGCAGUGGAGCAGCUCAAUAUCAAGGCCAAGAACUUCCGAGACCUGCUGACUGACGAGCCCUUCUCCCGGCAGGACAUCAUCACCCUCCAGGACCCUACAAAUUUGGACAAAUUCAACGUCUCCAACUUCUUUCAUGUUAAGAAUAACAUGAAAAUAACAGACCCAGAUGAAGAAAAGGCCAAACAGGACCCAUCUUAUUAUUUGAAAAAUACCAAUGCCGAGACCCGAGAAACACUGCAGGAGCUCUACAAGGAGUUCAAGGGGGAUGAGGUCCUGGCGGCCACCAUGAAAGUCCCAGAGAAGAAGAAGGUGGACAAGCUGAAUGCGGCCCACUAUUCCACUGGGAAGGUUAGCGCCUCCUUCACCUCCACUGCCAUGGUUCCAGAGACCACCCACGAAGCAGCCGCCAUUGACGAGGACGUGUUGCGCUACCAGUUUGUGAAGAAGAAGGGCUACGUGCGGCUGCACACCAACAGGGGCGACCUCAACCUGGAGCUGCACUGCGACAUGACUCCAAAAACCUGCGAAAACUUCAUCAAGCUCUGCAAGAAGCAGUAUUACGACGGCACCAUCUUCCACAGGUCCAUCAGGAAUUUCGUGAUCCAGGGAGGUGACCCCACUGGCACAGGCACGGGCGGGGAGUCUUACUGGGGAAAACCCUUCAAAGACGAGUUCCGGCCCAACCUCUCGCACACGGGCCGGGGCAUCCUCAGCAUGGCCAACUCGGGGCCCAACACCAACAAGUCUCAGUUCUUUAUCACCUUUCGCUCCUGCGCUUACCUCGACAAGAAGCACACCAUCUUCGGGCGGGUUGUUGGGGGCUUUGACACACUAACAGCCAUGGAGAAUGUGGAGAGUGACCCUAAAACUGACCGCCCUAAGGAGGAGAUCCGCAUCGACUCCACCACGGUGUUUGUGGACCCCUACGAGGAGGCCGAUGUUCAGAUCGCUGAGGAGCGGAAGAAGACACAGCUCGCGGAGGCAGCCCCCGAAAGCACAGCCAAGAAAAGCCAGUCCAAGCCUGGGAGCCAGGGCCCCCCCACAUACCGCCAGGGGGUGGGCAAGUACAUCAACCCGGCAGCCACGAAACGUGGAGCUGAUGAGGAGCCAUCCACCAGCGCAGCCGUCCCCGUGGCCAAGAAGAAGCCCAGCGGAGGCUUCAAGGACUUCAGCACAUGCCUGUGCUCGCCCGGCUUCCCUUCUCCUGACCUUGACACUACCUCAGCUCUCCUCAAGUGCCUGCAGAAGCCGGGGACAGCUGCCUCCUCCCGGGAGCCGUCUCCUCUACCCUGGGGCUCUGAAAGAAUGCACCCUGGCUCUUCCCCGAGCUCUGAUGCUGAACACCAGGCCCAAGCUGUGUCUCACCUGCCUCAUCUGGCCCUCGUGCACGGCCACACCGACGCCGAGUCACCUUCCCACAGCUGCUGGCCUGACGGUGGCUCCACUGUGCCCGUCCCUCUGCGGUCUCCCUGCCCGUCAGCUGUCUCGCUCCUCUGCGCCUUUGGUCACAGUGGUCCCUCGCUUCUUCACGACCCCUUCACCCCACCCUCCGAGCUACAGACGUCUGCGAACUCACUCGGGAAAGGCCGCACCAGCAUGGUCCCCAGGAGGCGGCAGCGGCAGGUGGGGUGUGGCAGGAGCACAGGGCCCGAGCUGCCUGAGACCCUGUGCUGUGGCAGCGGCGUGGCCCCAGGCCUGUCCCUCAGCACCUGCUACUGCAAAGGAGACACCGGACAUGGAAGCUUUAUUUCUGAGCCUCACACAGACACAGGCGGAGGGGCUGUGUGCUCGCGCCUGGCGGUCCAGCUCCGAGGGGGGACUCCGGGCGAGGCCGGGCUGCGGCCCCACGGAGCGGCCCCCAGGUCGGCCCAGAGCCUUUGA